CUCAAAAGUAUCGUGCGUAUCCAGCAAACAUGUUACAUUCCAUUGGCGCUGGCGCUGGUAGGGGUGUGGGAACACACACGGCAAAGAGGAUGACAGGGAGGGAGGAGUUCGUUACCACUCACGGCCGGGCCCUGCUGCCGCACCUGCGCUGCCUCGCAAUCGUGGUCGUGGGCGCCGGCGGCGGCUAACAAAAGCAGUGGGAAUCGAAGCAUCUCGGAACGAUCAGAUUCCCGCUAGUAUUUUAGAUCGGCCCAACCAUCGGACGAGGGCUAAUCCGGUCGGGUUCGCUCGGGCUUGGGAUUCCGUCGCCAUGGGCAGCCUCCGCCUCACCGGCUGGGCGUCCGCGCAGCGGGGUUAUCCGGCCGCCGCCGCGCCGGAGUGGGGCGUGCGCCGCCGCCCCCACCGCUGCUGCUACGGGGUGCCGCUGCCGCGCCCCCGCUGCGCCCCGUCGCCGGCUCCGGCGGUGGCGUCCUCUCUCGGCGUCGGCGCCGCGGGGCAUCUCCGGACCGGGGCGGAGCAUGAGUGGCUGUGGGACUGCCGCGGGGCGAGGGAUUACGCCAGGGAGAUGGAGGUGGCGGUGCGGGUCGUGCAAGUGGCCUGCACCCUGUGCCAGCGCGUCCAGGACUCGCUCCUCCACCCCAGCGCUGACGCCGGCGGCUGCGUCCAUUCCAAGCUCGACCGCUCCCCCGUCACAGUCGCUGAUUGGGGUGUUCAAGCGAUUGUAAGCUGGUUGCUUUCCAAUUCCUUUCAUGAUGAGAACAUAUCGAUUGUUGCUGAAGAAGAUGAUGAGACACUAUCUAGUAGUGACGGUGUGGCUUUGCUUGAAUCCGUUGUUGAGGCUGUCAAUGGCUGCCUGGUUGAAGCUCCAAAAUAUGGACUGAGAUCCCCGGAGAAAGAGCUCGAAGCUCAUGAUGUUAUUCAAGCCAUACGGAAAUGCAGCUCUUCCGGAGGUCCGAAAGGAAGAUUUUGGGUGCUUGAUCCUGUCGAUGGCACCCUUGGUUUUGUCCGAGGGGAUCAAUAUGCUAUUGCUCUAGCCUUGAUUGAAGAUGGAGAAGUUAUACUUGGUGUUCUUGGGUGCCCAAAUUAUCCAAUGAAAAAGGAGUGGCUCAAUUAUCAUCAAAAGUACUAUAGAUUGAUGUCUAAGGUUGCUCCUCCUCCAUUGGGGUCCUGGCAUAAGGGUUGUGUGAUGUAUGCUCAGAAAGGGUGUGGGCAAGCUUGGAUGCAGCCACUGGUUCAUGACUUUGGUAAGGUUGAUUGGCGUCACCCAAGGGAGAUUCAAGUAUCGUCCAUCAGUGAUCCAUUGUCAGCAACAUUUUGUGAACCUGUCGAGAAAGCCAACUCAAGCCAUUCCUUUACAGCAGGACUUGCUCAUAGUGUAGGGUUAAGGACUCAACCUCUGCGUGUGUACAGCAUGGUGAAGUAUGCUGCAAUAGCACGAGGUGAUGCAGAGAUAUUUAUGAAAUUUGCAAGAACUGGAUAUAAGGAGAAGAUAUGGGAUCAUGCUGCAGGGGUGGUUAUCAUUCAAGAGGCUGGUGGAGUGGUCACAGAUGCUGGAGGCCGCCAGUUGGACUUCUCAAGGGGUAUUUACUUGGAAGGUUUGGAUAGAGGCAUAAUAGCAUGUUCCGGAGCAUUGCUUCAUCGGAGAAUUUUAGAUGCUGUUGAUGCAAGCUGGAACUCAUCAACACUAUGAUCAAAACAAUAAAAUCUUUGCUGCAAAUAACCUCAUGUUGAUCAUAGCCUGCAAAGGUAGCUUGGAGAAUCGGUCUAAGUAUUCAUUUCUGUAUUCUUAUAACAAUGAGGGUGUAAUAGUGCCAGCAUGUAGGUUAGUAUUAGCUUGUCUGCUCAUAAACAAGCUGUCACUCGAGACUGACAAAUUGCUGGCUUUGGUCAUCGAUGGCGUAUGUAAUUUUGUAUAGGCGUUUUUUGAUGAAAAGCAUCUGCGCAUGCUUUUACUAAUGAUCUGUUUCUUUAAAACUUCUGCCUGUCAAGUGGCAGCCGUAUUGGCUAAGACAGUUAUCUGUGCAUGCUCAGCACCAUUUGCUGACAA